UUUGGGGUAGUGCAGGGGGCGCCAGGAACUCGUUUCCGAAGCUGGACGCCGCCGGGGGCAGAUCCUCGACUCCAUCUCUAGGACUCCGAAGUCUCUCCUCGUUGGAAACUUCACCCCGUUACCAGGCAUUGGCGAGGCGGCCUGUCAAUCAGCUCUCGGGCGGCAGCCCCCCGCGCGGGGGCUCAGCGAUGCUAGGCUUAGCGACAAGCGGCAGUGACGGCGGCGGCGGCCAAGGCACAGACACACACCCUCCCACAGGCGCGCACUCGGGCAGCGCCGGCGAGCGGGCGGCGGAGGUUCCCUCGGAGCCCGGUGCGGGUCGGGGAGGGGGCGUGCGACCGGGGACCAGCCCUGAAGCGCAGCAUGGAGGAAGAAAUGCAGCCGGCGGAGGAGGGGCCCAGCCUCCCCAAAAUCUACAAGCAGCGCAGCCCCUACAGCGUCCUCAAGACGUUCCCCGGCAAGAGAUCCGCGCUGGCCAAGCGCUACGACAGACCCACCCUGGUGGAGCUGCCGCACGUCCGGCCGCCACCGCCGCCCUUCGCGCCGCACGCCGCCGUCUCCAUCAGCAGCAGCGAGCCGCCGCCGCCGCAGCAGUUCCAGGCGCAGAGCACCUACCCCCCGGGGCCCGGCCGGGCGGCCGCUGCCGCAGCCGCUUCGUCGUCAUCGCCUUCCGCCGCGUCCCAGGGCCACCUGAGGACUCCCGCCCAGCCGCCCGCCGCCCCCGCCGCAUCUUCAUCUUCGUCUUUCGCCGCCGUGGUCCGGUACGGUUCGGGCCCUGCGGCUGCCGCGGGCAGCAGCAGCGCUGGCAGCAGCAGCGCUGGCAGUGACGGUGCCAACCUGGAGCUCAGCGCAGAGAGUCGCAUGAUCCUGGAUGCCUUCGCCCAGCAGUGCAGUCGCGUUUUGAGCCUCUUAAAUUGUGGAGGGAAACUUCUGGACUCCAGCCACUCUCAGUCCAUGAUUUCUUACGUGAAACAGGAAGGCCCAAGUUACACUGAAAGACAGGAUCAGUGCCACAUCGGAAAGGGGGUCCAUAGCCAGACCUCAGACAAUGUGGACAUAGAGAUGCAAUAUAUGCAAAGGAAACAACAAACUUCUGCCUUUCUGAGAGUCUUCACUGACUCGCUACAAAAUUACCUGCUCUCGGGAAGCUUUCCAACUCCGAACACCUCCUCGGUCAGCGAGUACAGCCACCUGGCGGACGUGGACCCUCUGUCAACCUCCCCGGUGCAUACGCUAGGGGGCUGGACCUCGCCGGCAACGUCCGAAUCCCAUGGCCACCCGUCUUCUUCCACACUGCCAGAGGAGGAGGAGGAAGAGGAGGAGGAAGGCUACUGUCCUAGAUGCCAAGAACUGGAGCACGAGGUCAUUUCAUUGCAGCAAGAAAAUGAAGAGCUCAGAAGGAAAUUAGAGAGCAUCCCAGUGCCCUGCCAGACCGUGCUAGAUUACUUGAAGACGGUGCUACAGCAUCACAACCAACUCGUGAUCCCACAGCCCGCUGACCAGCCCACCGAGGGAAGCAAGCAGCUGUUGAACAACUAUCCUGUCUACAUAACGAGCAAACAGUGGGACGAGGCUGUAAAUUCUUCAAAGAAGGACGGGAGGCGGCUCCUUCGAUACCUCAUCCGAUUUGUUUUCACAACCGAUGAGCUUAAGUACUCAUGCGGCCUUGGGAAAAGGAAAAGGUCAGUGCAGUCAGGAGAGACAGGUCCUGAAAGACGCCCUCUGGAUCCAGUUAAAGUAACAUGCCUCCGAGAAUUCAUUAGGAUGCACUGCACCUCCAACCCCGACUGGUGGAUGCCCUCGGAGGAGCAGAUCAACAAGGUGUUCAGCGACGCCGUAGGCCAUGCCCGGCAGGGGCGCGCGGUGGGGACAUUCCUGCACAACGGGGGCUCGUUUUACGAAGGGGUCGAUCCGCAGGCUGCCCAGGAUGAGGUCUUCAACAAGAAUUCCCAGGAUGGGUCUGCGGAUUAGCGGAUAAAGCUUCUCCACGAUAGCCACUGGUCCUCCCAAGAGUUCCCAUUGCGAACAUUCUGUUCCCGUGACUUUAGAGUCCAAAGCACCGCAUUCUGUCACACAUCCUAAAUCUGAACUCUCCCAACCUAGUGACACACUUCCCAAACAGAAAUCCAUUUUAGGGUCAUUUGGGAAGUCGGUGGAGCCUACCACAGAUUUUCAGAGUAUUAUAGAAAAGAAAAAGCUACAGUUGAUUUUGAAAGAUUACUACUAGCUAGAUGAUGAGGGUGGAAAACAAAAAGAUAGGCAGACUCCUAGACUCCUGUCUGAAAUCAAGUGAACUCUGCUUCCUGAGCAGAGCUGGACCCGUGGGGACCACUUAAAAGGGACAAGGGGUGAGCAUUCCCUUACUUUCACUACCCUAAUCUCGAUGUUUUCCGAAGACGUGAAGUCAUACUUCUCAGCAGAGACACAGGACAGGUGAGAUCAUGUGCUGUGUCUGUGCUGAUAGAGCCUGUUACUAACUAGAAACCAGAGAACAGACCACCUCUAGAAAGUGGUUAAUGGGAAGUCAGCUGUUAUUUCUCAGUUAUUUUUACCAAAAAAAUCCUACCGUGUGGAUCAGGAAGACUCUGUGUGAUCUCAGGAGUUUACAAGCAGUAAUAGUUUCCAUUAUGUCAGUCAAGAAACAUCCAAAGAACCUAAGCCAUCAUUCAGUGCUUGAUUUUGUAGGCUCAUAGAUCCACAGUCCCGUAACCUUAAAUCUGGCUUUACUGACACAGUGCCAAAGUGAUGGGUUAAACAGACUCUCCAUCAGUUAGUGUGGGGCACUGAAGGCCACACAAGUGGUGUGACUGAUAUGCUCACUGAAUUGACCAGACGUUCUGGAAUUGUGUACACAUGGCUACGGGACCAUUCUGACAACUAUGCAAUGGGCUUGUCUGUAAUGUCUCUGAAAUCUGAGGGUCUUUCUGUGCUCAGCUGGUCUUUAACAUUUGCACAAAGCUUCUGUUUCUCAUUGCCACUGAUGAAAAUGUUUCACCCCACUGUGUGCCUGCUUCCCCCAGUCCCCUCAGCUGCAAGCACUGGCUAGGUCACCAUCUACUCUCCCUGGUUUCAUUUGUUGAGUUCCAUCUGUGAAGUCAGUAGUGUCUUCAGAACCACUUCCUGUUUGCAAUGCUUCAGAGAUGCUGGACUCUACUUCCAAGGGCUCCAGGUUUAGACAGCAGGAGAGUCUCUUACCAGACUAAUCCACAUCACUACGCCCUUCGUAAGGAAAGGGCUAAGUUGGCAGCAUUGACUGAAGGCUGUUAAUGUCGUCUAUAGACAUAACUAAGGAUUUUGAAAAUUGAUUGGAAAUUCAUUUAAAGUUUAUGAGCAUCCAUUUAUAUAGUGCUCUUUUUUGCCAUUUUUUCAAAGUAAAUAAAUUGUCCUUUAUGUUCAAUAAUUAGCACCAACUAUAUGCACAGGCCUAGUUUAGCAUUUAUAGAGAUGGUCACUUACGAGAUCUGUUAAAUGAUGUGGGGAAAUUGAAUAGUUUGGUCUUAUUUGGGACCAGUUAGCUAAAAUUCCCAGGCGUUUUUUUUUUCUUUAAGAAAUAAAAGGGCAGAUGUGAUGUUGCUUAUGAGAACUAUAAGACUAAUAUCUUUGGCUAUCCAGGGAAAAAGAUAACUUCUUGAAGAGAUUUAGAGGUCUAGGAAAUUGAUAUAUUGUAAGAUUUUUUUGGUGGCAUGAAAUCUGGGCCAGAAGAAAAAUACCACCGUAAUCUCAUCUGUCGAUCCAUUUUACAUUUUUUGUCUUUUUGUUUGUUUUGCAUUGGGCUUUAAUUUUCUAUACUGCUGAGGACCUAUCUUUUUUGUAUAGCAGCAAUAUUUGACCACUGCUUUUAAGAACCAAAAAGAAAAAGCCUUUCAGCUCUUACGGUUUUCCUGUAAUCUUGAACAUUCCACACAUCUUCACAUCUCAGCGCAUCUUGGUCUGAGUCCGUCUGUGUUGCUCGGGGUCUUCGCCGAGGGCAGCCAACCCUUCGGUGAUAUGUGUUGGGGGACAUAGGCCAGGAACCUGUGGGGGGAGCCUAGGGUCUGUGAGCAGUUUCUGGCCAUCUCCGGGAAGCUGCACUGUUCAGGAAACUCACAGCUAACCCCAGUGCUGAGUGCUUUGGAGAUACCAUCCUUACUUGAAAGUUUUUCAUCCAGCCCUUGAACCUGCCGUCACUGGCGUGUUCCUCAUUUCUGCCAUGGCAUUCAGGUUGUUGUGUGUUCUGAGGCUUCACUAGGAAUGUAGAGGGUAAGAUUAGAGCAUGUAAUUGUCCUCAUCUCCUUUGGUAGGGAAUUGAGACAGACAUGUAGCUACUUCACAGCUAUAGAGCAAGAGGGUGAUUUCAUAUUCUGGGUCUUUCUUAGCCCUCCCUAAAUCAUAAAACGUUGACCUAAGAGAUUUCUGCAUUAGGAUUAUAGGGAAAUAGAAAUUAUUAUGAUAUACUUGACUACUACAUCUGUUUAAUGUCAAUAGCAUGGUUUUUUCAUCCUAGUAACUAUUUCUGUAUUAUCAGAUGUUUUACCCAAAAUCUGGGCCAUCCUCCAAACUCGGGAAUCUACAAGUUCAUGAUUUCUACAAUUUUUCUGCCACCUGUAAUGGCUUCUCCCCCCUUCUGUUGCUGUGGGAAUACAGAGGGAGCACCCGAUGAGAUGAGGCGCGCACUGUUUUCAGAAAAGCAAACAGCAUUGCCUUCGUUUGGAUUCUGCCAUUUAUCGUGUCCUCUAGAACCAACCCUAAUCCCACUGGCUACCUCCUUCAUUUUUUCUUAGAUUGCGAACAUUUGAAAAAUCUCAUCCUUGGGUAACUGCAUUUUUAGAAAAGAUUUAGUUGUGUAACUUUUCCUCAGUCAGUGCUGUGUCAUUUCACAGAACCGAGAAGUGUGGUUUUUGACAGCUCAUACACAGAUUUUUAGAAACGUAAUAGAAAAUGGCUUUUGCACAUAUGGUGCAAGUCUGGAUGAUGUCUGUUUAAUGUGGCAACACUCACCCAGAACUGCGCGGCAAAACAUGUCAGAUGGGAGGCUCGAGUCAGAGCUCCAGUGCCAAUGUGUCUAAACAGUGUGCGUGUCGCUGUGAUAUAUUUUUGUAAACACGGUGAUGGCUUCUUUCAGUGGUGUGAGUGCUGGAUAAAAAUAAACACUCCACUUGGAAUAAUUAGGGAAAUGUCACCCAGCUGAGGGCCCUGUGCAACAUCAUUAGCACUGUCAGCCAAUGGCCUUUAUUCUUUUACUCAUGGUGUUUUUUAGAGGAGAGGGAAGAAUUGGUACCAGACAACAUGGGGUACAAAAAUAACAACCCCUCGGCAUUUGCCUCCUACUGUGUAAAAUUCAAAGCUGUAACUGACACGUUUGCACACGAGACCUCACUUACAUCCAGUUGUAAGAAAUACUGAGUGGACUGGACUGCGCUCAUCUGAUGCUAGCUUGAUCAGCUUGGCUACUGAAACCACUAAAUUAGCAACAUUUGUGGUAAAGGGACCAGAUUAAUUUUCCUCGUGACCAUGCAUAGCUGGCUAAUACAAGGACUAGGUUUUCAUUGAAUCACAAUUCCCCACAUCACCAUGAAAAUACAUCUGCUAAUGAACAAAAACCUGUUCAUUCUCAGAAUAACUGCACCCAGCGGCCAUGUGAGUCUUGACGGUGCUGGGAAACCCUUUCUGCCCAUCCAAAACCACUGCCAACGGCAGCAGUGACAAUGACUGCUUUCCAUUGAGUCCUGUGCCAGGUGCUUGCUAACGCUCUACAACCACUUUCUAAGGCUGUUACCACUGAUGAUCCCCAUUUCACUGAUACGGACGCAGCCCAAGGUACUGGCUAAUAAAAGGAUGGACUUGGGCUCAGGAAGCUUAAUGACUCGUUCAGUUUUCCCCACAAAGUGAAGUUCUCAAAAGCCCAUUAAUACGUUGGAAGAGGUUUGUGGUUUUACUUAUGCCAUUGAGGGAAAGUUGAUAUUUGUGUUAUUAAAAACUGCUUUUAAUGUAUGUUGCCGCUUAAGUAGGAGCAGAUAAACCACAUAUCCUCGGGGAACUGCUGAGGCUUCUGCUGUAGGCUUCACAGAACAAGAUCCAGUGAGGAAGAGUAAAAAGUCUUUUGCAGUGAGUAAACUAAAACCAGUUAUUCGUUCAGAUUUAUUUUAUAGAUUCCCAGUAUAAAAAUGCAGGGUUACAAAAGCAAAAAUGUCCACUGAGUGAAGUGAUAUUUUGGGGAACUCCUGGAUGUUAGAAAGGGCGUCAGUCAGCCAGUGUCCCGCGCCUUUUCACAUUGGCUGUAGCCUAGAAUCGAGGCAUCUGCUUUGGAAGAGAGGGUUUUCAUUUUUGGUGUCACUGUGAAAACUUGUGAAGAGUUUGUAGGAAAAUACAGUGAUCUGUUGAUUCUUUCCUGUAGUCGUGGCUUUAACAUCUCUGGCUGUGUUAAGUUCAAGAGCAUGCCAAGGCCAUGAGGGCCUAGCUUGUGUUUCUUUGGAACAGGGCAUGCCGAAACCGAGAGAUGGGUCCCGAAACUCGCCAGGUCGCUGGCCCGCCUGACCCUGCCCACUCUGAGCAUUGCCUUUCUGCCUCUUCUCUGGAACUUCAUGUAGCAGCCUGACCCUGGGGCCAACUUGCCUUUACUCUAUUUUCUAUAAUGAACAUUCAUGGGGAAACUGUGACAAAUCCAUUGACCCUGAUAUUUUUAUUGUUGGAGUCUUGUUGAAUCCUCUAGGAAUAAUUUCUAUUUGAUUGUACUGUGUAGAGUUGAUACCCACUAGAGAUAUGUUAAUAAGACUAUAAUAUAAAUGCAUAGUGUAAUAUAGAAUAGCAAGAUUUUUUUGUGAACAAUUUAUAUAGAAGAGUAAGUUGUUUUUUAAGUGUUAGGCACAUUUCUUUUAGGAACUUAAAAUGUUAUAAGAGUUUUUUAAGCAUUCAAUAUUUUUAAUUAUAAGAAACAUUUGUUACUAGAGCUGAUUAUUUCAGGUGUUCCAACUGGAGUAUUGAUUUAUUACCUCAUAUACCUCUAGGAUGGUGCGUGUUCUGUUGGAGAUAAAAUUGCACAAUAAAUGUCGAGUCUGUUUCGUGCUUUCA